AUGAAUAUACUUGAUUUACCUAAUGAAAUUUUAUUUAUUAUUUUUCAAAAAUUGAAUAUGAUUGAUGUAUUUUAUUCAUGUAUUAAGGUUAAUCGACGAUUUAAUCGAUUAGUGCUUGAUUCUUUUUUUCUUCGUGAUCUUAAUAUGACUACUAUUAAUGACAUCAAUUCAUUGUACGAUCAGACGUCUUCAACAGAUCCAAAAGUUCUUUCAAGAAUCUGUGAGAAAAUAUUACCUCGAAUUUAUGAUCAAACAUAUAAACUUACUCUCAACGAAUAUUCAGCCAAAUACAUGUUCCUUGCUUCGAAUUAUUCAAAGCUAUAUUCAUUAUCACUUAUCAAUUUUCAGAAAGAAAUACUUCAUCAAUAUUUAACAGAUAAUUUAAUUCUACGUGAUCUUCUAACAAAUCAAAUAACACAUCUUAAUAUUGAUAUCAAAAACACAACAGAAAAUAGAUUCAAAAUUGGUCCAGAAAUUUUUCCAAAAAUCUUAUCUUUAUGUAAAAAUUUAACUGUUUUGAAUUUUUGUGAUAUGUUUCCUGAACGAAAUUUGGUGGUUUCUCUGGCUGAUUUCUCAUGGAAUCAUUGUAUACCUUCAACUUUGAUUAAAUUAAGAAUUCAACUCUCAACUUUAGCUGAUUGUCUUCAUUUGCUUGAUGGACCUUUUGUUUGUUUAUCAACAUUAAUUAUUACUGUAACAUUUACUUUUCAUACGACAGAAUACAAGAAUCCAACAGCAAAAGAUUAUGAUGAUUUAAUUGUUCCAUUACUUCGUCGAAUGAUAAAUCUUGAAGAACUAAAAUUAUAUUUAUCAGUAGAUAGAUCUUAUUCGAAUUAUAUUGAUGGGAUUCAAUUAUACGAUCAAUUUCUUAUUUAUAUGACACAAUUAAAGAAUUUUACAUUUUAUAUCAAGACAGAGAUCUCCUUUAUGGAUGAUAUUAAAUUUGAACUUCAAUCAAACGAAGAAAUUCAACAUAGUUUUAUUGGAAGAGGAUAUCCACUAGUAGCUUCAUAUGUUAAUUCAAAUCCAUUUGCACUCGAUGGUGCAUGUUAUAUCUAUUCACUUCCAUAUGAUUUCGAAUAUUUUAAAGUCGACAAUUCAUUUCAAGGUGGUGCAUUUCACAAAGUUCGACAAUUAACAAUGGUCAAGAGAAUUCCUUUUACAGACAGACUAUUUCAACUUAUCUCUCAAGAUUUUCCUUUUCUUGAAAUCUUACAUGUUUGUAAUUGUUGGCCACAAGAAGGCAAUUAA